GGGAUAUUUUCAUAGUUUAUUUGCUUUGACGACAUCAAAGAAUACAAAAUGAAAAUUCUAGUUACAAUUAUUGCAACCCUUGUGUUUUUGGACUUUGCCAAAACUCAAAAUUCUCCUGAAAUCGUACCAAUACCUGGCGGUUUAUCUGGAACGGCUCACACUACACGCUACUGGGAUUGUUGCGUUCCAGCCUGUAGCUACCCAGCUAACGCUUCCGUAGUUACUCAUGGAGUAGAAUAUUGUCUCGCCGAUGGUGAAACUCGUGUUGCUGAUGGAGAUUAUUCCAAACAACCCGAAUGCCAACACCCUGGCGGAGGUGCAUUUACUUGCAACGGAAAUCAACCUUGGAUUGUCAAUGACACUUUGGCCUAUGGAUUUACAGCUGCUUCGUUUAAAGGCGGUGUUGAAACAAAUGACUGUUGCAAAUGUUUGCUAAUCCAAUUCCAAGGAGCGUUGGAAGGAAAAUCACUUUUAGCUCAGGUUACCAACACUGGCUCAGAUUUAACCCAAAACCACUUCGAUAUUCAAAUUCCCGGAGGUGGUGUUGGUAUUUUUACUUUAGGUUGUAUGGGACAAUGGGGCACUCCAGAGGAUGGCUGGGGUGAAAGGUAUGGAGGUAUAACUUCUGAAGAAGAAUGUAGCGAAUUGCCGCCAGUACUUCAAGAAGGUUGCAGAUUUAGAUGGACAUUUUUGGAAGGAGUUUCUAAUCCGAAUGCAACUUUUUACCAAGUUAGAUGUCCCUCUGAUUUAGUUGCUAUCACUGGAUGUAGUAAUACUAGUGAUCUUUGAAUAAAUGAGUUUUUGUUAUGAUAAUACCUAAUACCAACAUUGGAUUUGCUUUAUUUAGAAAUUUUUGACAAUGAAUAAAUUAAAAAUCUAAAGUUCAACUAAAU